GGUGCUUAUCGGUUUAAGAGAAGAGAUCAGCUGCAUUAUGACAUCCUGCAAGAAGUGACCACAGCUGAACAGCGGCCACCAUCCAUCUCAGAUGUGACAGUGACAGGACUGACCUGAUCCACACCUCAUGUGACUCCUCAUCAUAGCCAAGCAAGAGAAAGACCACCAAAGGGUAAGCCGACCUGACUGGGUGACGUCUGCAUCAGGAGUGUCUGAGGGUCUGCUCCGCCUGGAGAUGACGGCCAAUCUGCAGCAGGAUGCCAAGGCCCCGCCCCCGAGUGACCCCCGCGAUCUGGAAUGCUCCAUCUGCUUCAGCCAGUUCAACAACAUCUUCCGGGCCCCCAAAAUGCUGCAGUGCCAGCACACCUUCUGCCUCGAGUGCUUGGCCCGCAUGAACGUCAAGUCGGACAACCCCCAGGCCAUCCAGUGCCCGCUGUGCCGCAGCCUGACCUCGCUGCCCACCCUGGGGCUGCCCAAGCUGGACACCAAUGUCACCAUCCUGUCCUACCUGCCCGAGGCCAUGCAGCGCGUCUACAGCAUCCGCUUCGUCCGCAGCAGGGGGCGCCUUGUGGUCAAGCAGACCAACACCCGCAGCCUGCCCUCGCUGUGCACGGUCAGCCAGUCGCUGGACGUGGGGCUGCCGGACGAGCAGGGGGCUCAGGCCCAGGGCUGUGGUCAGCAGAUGGGACGGAUUAGCAGGACACGUUGGUGCCGCGUCCUCAUCCUGCUCAUCCUCAUCACCUGUCUGGUGCUGGUCAUCAGCCUCAUUACAGUGCAGAAGAUCUGACCACUGGGUCUGGGCCUAGUGGGUCAUUUCUGAAGUGACCACAUGGGAAACAUGACACCUCAGUAGAGAGGCAUUUCAGAGAUGACCACUGCAUGAUAUACCUCAAGGCUGACCACUGGGUCUGUGCCUGGUGACAAAUGUCAGAAGUGACCAUUGUGGAGAAAUGACCACAACACCUGAGCCUAGUGUGGCGUUUCAGAGGUGACCACCACACAUAAACGACCACAGAAGUGACCACUGCACCUGAGUGCAGCAUGACAUUUCAGAAGUGGACAUCAAGGAGACGACCUCUGCAACUAAGCCUAGGGGGACAUUUCAAAAGUGACCACUCCAGAGAAGUGACCACAGCCUGAGACCUUCCUGAGGGCUGACCACAACACCUCGGUCUACUACGACCUUUCAGAGGUGGACCACACUCUACAAGUGACCACCAAAUGAUACAUCGGAGCUGACCACUGUAUCUGGGCAUCGUGUGACAUUUCAGAGAUGACCACUGCACAUAAAUGACAACAGCAUGACAUUUCAGAAGCGGACAUCAAGGAGACAACCUCUGCAACUAAGCCUAGGGGGACAUU